UGGCGCAGUGGUAGCGCUGUUGCCUCGUAAUAAAGAGACGGCUUGGAGUUUGCAAGGCCUCCCUAUGUUGCCGUGUGUUUCCUCGAGAUUUCCUCCCACAGACCUGCAGGACAAGUGGAUUGACGAUGCCAAAUUGUGUGUGUUCACCAUGCGAUAGACUAACGUCCUGUCAAGAUAUGGAGAAACCUGAGAUGAUUUUUAAGAAUUACAACAGAACUCGUGAAAGCAACAGUUAUACAUACGAUUCUAAAAAAUAUGAGCUUGACGACCCAGAUGCUGAGGAUAAUUUUCGAAGAAAAUUGAAAUUCUAUUUUAUGAAUCCGUGUGAUAAAUUCAAAGCCCGUGGAAGAAAGCCUUGGAAAUUAGGACUACAGAUUCUUAAGAUUAUUAUUAUAACAGCCCAGCUGGUAUCCUUUGGUUUGAGUAAUCAGAUGGUGGUUGCUUUUAAAGAAGACAACCUGAAUGCCUUUAAACACCUUUUCCUCAGAGGCUAUACAUAUAAACUGGAAGAUAACUUUGCAGUAUACACUAAAAGUGAUUUUUUUGAAUCGAUCUCUUAUGCAGUGUAUCAGUACUUGCACCUCCCAAAUGUAUCUGUUGGAAAUCAUGCUUAUGAAUGGAAUGGUGAGGAAUAUCCUGGCUUGAUUAUCUGCCAGGAGCUGUAUAAGAAUAGUUCAAUCUAUCCUGGAAAUGAGACUUUUGAUAUUGACACUAAAGUUGAAACAGACUGCCUUAAUAUUAAGCCUGAUGUACCAACAGAGAAUGAAAUGUUAAGAAAUGACAAGUUCAAUUAUAGUGUGGACUUUCAAAGACUGUUGUCUGUAAAUAUUUAUUUUACCCUAAAGGCGGUGAAUUUGCAAGCCAUCCGAAACAAUGAACUUCCAGAUUGUUACGAUUUUAACAUUUCAAUCAGAUUUAUCAAUAAUGCAUACAGUGGUAGAAUUCAAGUGAUGCUUGACCAGGAUGUUGGCAUAAAUGAAUGUAAAGAAUUAAAAGUGUCUGGAUCCAUACAAAGAAACACCCCAUAUCUUGUAUUAUUUGAUACUUUCAUCAUUUUAGCCUGCUUGGGGUCUUUGAUUCUCUGUGUGCGGUCAGUAAUAAAUGGCCUCCAGUUGCAAUAUGAAUACAUAACUUUUUCUUUGACUCGCUACAACAAGACCGUGCCAUUUUCUGAUCGAAUGGAAUUUGUAAAUGGAUGGUACAUUUUGAUUAUAAUUAGCGAUAUUCUGACCAUUAUUGGAUCUAUUCUGAAAAUUGAAAUUCAAACAAAGAAUCUGACAAACUAUGAUGUCUGCAGUAUCUUGCUUGGAACUUCAACAAUGCUGGUCUGGAUCGGAGUUAUUCGCUACCUUGGUUUCUUCCAAAAAUAUAAUCUUCUCAUCUUAACCUUAAGGGCUGCAUUUCCCAAUGUGAUUCGUUUCUGCUGCUGUGCUGCAAUGAUUUAUUUUGGAUAUUGCUUUUGUGGAUGGAUUGUGCUUGGACCCUAUCAUGUUAAAUUUCGUACUCUAAAUACAGUUACAGAGUGUCUGUUCUCUUUGGUCAACGGCGAUGACAUGUUUCCCACGUUCAAGGAAAUGCAGCAGAAAAGUCACCUGGUAUGGCUUUUCAGCAGAGUCUACCUGUAUUCUUUCAUCAGUCUUUUCAUCUACAUGGUGCUAAGCCUGUUCAUUGCUCUUAUCACAGAUACCUAUGAAACAAUUAAGCAAUACCAAAGGGAGGGAUUUCCACAAACUGAACUACAUUUAUUUAUGGCAGAAUGUAAAGAUCUACCAAGUUCUGGGAGGUACAGAAUAGAGGGAGAGUCUCCAGUAGCUGCUUUCUGUUGUUGUAGCCGGUCUGACGAUUCACAACAGAUUUUAACAAAUUGAUUUUUUUUUUAUUAACUAUUCUAGAAAUUGUAUAAUUUAAUCUGUUUUCAAAUGCUGGCUAUUUUUUGUCUUAAAUUAUUGUUAUGCACUAUAUCUACAUUUUAAUUGUCUGAAAAAUGUACUUUGUGUUUUGCAAUUAAAUUUAAAGGAUACCUGUUGGAGCUCUCAGCUGUACUGAACUGUUGCACUAUGUACACCAUUUAGUAAAUUAUAACUAUAUACUGUACAUGAGUGUCCAUUUACUACAGUGUUGUGGGUUCCUCUCACCUUUUGAAUGAAAGGAUGACCCCA